AUGUAUAUCCCAGUCCCACCACAGCACCGCCAUAACGAGAGCGAAAAUCCAGAACUGGUCGUGAACGACUUCCUGGUGGUCUUGGUGGUGGUUUGUGCGUUAGUCAUAUUUCUCGUGGUCACGCAAAUCUUCAUCGCCAUGCUCGUGCACUCAUGGGAGGCCAGACAUAGAUACCACGGGCUACGCCCCGUCGCCUCAUCGAGAUCGUCGCUCUCGUCGCUUUCGUCUCUCGAGCCGCUGCCUGCGUACUCGCUCCUGGAUCCCGAGGCGGCGCCGUUGCUUGGCGGUCCUCCGCCGGAGUAUCAUACCUUCCUUCGACAGGACGAUCUCCACACACAGAACGAGGCAAGAGAUGAUUCUCGGGACACGACGGAGACGCCCGGCCAGUGGAGUAUAAUCAGCUUAGAGUGA